UGAUUAUGUGGCGCCAGCAUUUUCUAUCUUUAAAAGCUUCUCUUUGGGCCAGGACAGCAGAGGGUAACUUACCGUACCUUACUGGUACAGUACCGUACGAGUUCGACGACCCACGAUACAUGUAUCAUAGUUCCAUCGUACUGUACCUGUAAUACGAGCUCAGUGUCGGGAUGGGUAAUGUUCUGCAGUAAAAAUGUUUUAAUUCUGAGCGGCAAGGAGAAUUAUGAAAUAGUCUUCUCGCCACAUUCACUAUGAUACGUUGAAGCGCAGCUUUGUACAAAUUUUGCCGGGACCAUUCUCUGAGUGCUCGCGUUCUGACCACCUUGCCUCUACUCUAGACCUGGUACAGUACACCUUAGCAGCCGCCAACCUCCAACCAACCAUCCCUACUCCGCUCCCCUCCCCUUCUAGCCCACUGCAUUUCUUUUCCUACCUACGUACCUACCUACCUCUCUACCUCUAUUCACGUUUAACAUCGUUUCCAGAAAUCCUCUUGGGCUUCAAUCAUUCUGGUUCUUGUGCCUCGUUUUUAGGUUCGCACCACCGCUCCUUGACUAUCGGCUGGAACCUGGAAUAAACCCUCUUUCGGAUUUGUCAAUACUCCUCUCUUCACCAGCAAAAGAAAAAGCAAGAGAAAAACAAGAAAAACAGAAAAGCCAUCAGUCUCACCUUUUUCUUCCCCAAAAUUUACUCUCGGCUCGAGAGUAUCUAAGUACUUUUUGAUGUCGCAAAUUAGAGGAACGGCGAACUAUCAUCUAGGCCCUGAUCAUAGGCCUUUCGGAGGACCGUCACACUCUGCAGCAACCUCGGAUCCUUCCCCGCUCGAUGCUAUCCGUGACCAAACUAGUAAGAUUGAAGAUUUACUGGACACUUUUUCUGAACCCGUUAAACCGUAUGUUCCACAUAAGGGGGGGGGGGGGGGGGGGCUGGGAGCUAGGCUCGUGGGAGGCUGUCAGGUUGCAAGAUAGUGGUACUUGAUUGCUAACUGAACCCACCGCUUCCUCAUUGUUUGUGGACUCAUGCUAUAGGUACCUGCCCGCAAUUGGAAGGUUUCUCAUCGUUGUAACUUUUCUUGAAGAUGCGCUCAGGAUUAUGACCCAAUGGGGCGAUCAACUUUUGUACCUCCAUGAUUACAGGCGCAGUAUGUCCCCCCUUUCUGCGGGUUCUAAACAGGGGGUGCUAUCCCCCCAGAGCGGGCGGGCCACAUACAGGAUUGAACUAACGCAAAAACAAAAAUGUUUAUGUAGUGCCCUGGGGCCUUACUCAUCUAUUCUUAGCUGCCAAUGUUGUUGUUAUGCUGAUUUGCUCUGUUCUGGUCAUUGCCCGUCGCCAUUCUGAAUAUGCCGUCGGAGGCCUACUUGGUGUUGUCAUUACCCAAGCUCUCGGAUAUGGAUUAAUUUUCGAUUUGAAUUUUUUCCUCCGCAAUCUUUCUGUCAUGGGUGGUCUACUCAUGGUCCUUUCCGAUUCGUGGCAUCGCAAACGUUUCUCUUUUGCUGGGCUUCCGCAGAUCGACGAGAAGGACCGCAAGAUGUAUUUCCAGCUUGCCGGGAGAGUUCUGCUAAUCUUCCUGUUCAUCGGGUUUGUGUACUCUGGUGAGUGGAGUGUUAGUAGGGUCUUGGUGAGCUUGGUUGGGUUUGUUGCCUGUGUAAUGGUUGUGGUUGGGUUCAAGGCCAAGUGGAGCGCGGUUUUGCUCGUCGUUAUCUUGAGCAUCUUUAACCUUAUUAUCAACAACUUCUGGACUGUGAGUUUAACCCCUUCUAUGUGUGUGUAGGUCCUGCGGUGUACUGGUGUACUGACAUGUAUAAACUAUAUUAGCUUCACCCUCACCACCCUCACCGAGAUUUUGCCAAGUACGAUUUCUUCCAGAUCUUAUCCAUCGUGUAAGUUUUGGUUCUUCAACCUCAUAUAUCUUUUGUUGAUUUCAUCCCUAGUGGUGGUCUUGUUCUCCUAGUCAAUAUGGGCCCUGGCCAAUUUAGUGUUGAUGAGAAGAAGAAGGUCUAUUAAUGACCGGGGAUGCUCGGGUCAGAGGGGUUGGGGGGAUGAAUGGAUGGAUUGAUGUUGAUAACGUGGUUGGCAUGGUCGAUGGUGUAGGAGUCGACAUGAGCUAGGCCGAAAUGAUGAUGAUACGAUCAUUGAACUUUUGCACUGAGUUGUGGAUGAGAUGCGCAGGGCGGCUUUGUAUAGUUCAAUCACACAGAUAACAAUUGAUCAGGUUAAAGUAAAAUUGCGGGGAAGGGAACCCGGUCCAUAUC